AUGAACCAAUUGAAAUCACUGCAUCUUUCCUUAGAUAAGAGUCAUGAAUAUAAUGUCAUGUUCCUCAAUAAGACCCAAAAUUUUGGAGACACCUCCUCUCAGAAUUCAGAUUCUCCUCAAGAGAAUACCAAACUUUGCUCGAAAAUUGCUACCUAUGAAUUAGAUCAAUGUCAAUUUGCAAAGGAAAACUGCAUGUCACCACUUGGUGGCAUGUUAAAUUAUAUUUUUAUUCGUUAUUGCACCUUCCAGAAGUUAGAACCAUUGUUCUAUGUUUUGGCCUUUCUGUGGAUGGUCUUUUUAUUUUACAUGCUUUCGACCACUGCUGAAGAUUAUUUUUGCCCGAGUCUUGCAGAAAUUUCUCGAAUUUUAAGAUUGAGUCCUGAUAUUGCUGGUGUAACUUUUCUCUCAUUUGGAAAUGGGGCUCCAGAUAUUUUCAGUACCAUUGCAGGCAUUUUCUCUGGAAGCACUGGAUUUGGGCUAGGUGAGCCAAUUGGAUCUGGACUUUUUAUUUGUAGUGUAUUGCUUGCAUGCGUCACUUUGGUUGUGAAAGAAGCAAAAGUGUCAGCCUUUCCUUUUCUGAGAGACGUCAUUACCUAUCUCAUAAGUGUUACAUUUGUGUUUGUGAUCAUCUUGGUCGAUGGUUCAAUCAAUUUAUGGCAAAGUAUUUCAUUUCUGGCCAUUUAUGUUGCAUAUGUGGUGUUUGUCAUUGGAAGUAAGCUUGCCAUGAAUAGGAUACAAAACAGAAAGCAAAAAAUUCAAGAAAAAAGAAGGUGCCUUAUCAACAACGAGGAUCCAUGUGUAGUUUGUGACUCUACCGAUAAUGAAAAACAAAGUCUCAUCCAAGAGCAAUACUAUACGAAAUAUGACGAGCUCCUCUCUGAGGACAGUUCCUUCGAUGAAGCAGAUUCUUCAUCAUCGGGCUGGAAGGAAGGCAAGCAACCCACGCUUCGAUUCUCCAAAGUUGAGGAUAUUCCUGACAAGGUGAUUGAAAUUUUACGAAAGAAGCAACACCAUUAUGGAGCUCAAUAUAACCCAAAGUUUGGAAUCUUUUUCUAUGAGACGCCAUCUUUGGACAAUUUGAGCAGUCAAAAGUUGAAAUCGAUUGACAUUGGCUCUGUUAUCAUUGAAAAUCAUUUUGAUCAUAAAAACACAGGAGAAGAUGUGUGUGACGCAUGUCAUGAGGCUGGAGGAAACAGAACUUGGCUCGAAAAAGUGAAAUGCAAAGCUUGUCAUGUGUGGGCUGAGUUUUUGGAUCAGUGCGAAUGGGAAGAAAAUCGAGGGGAGAAAACAGAUCCAAAUGAAUGGAGCAAGCUUUUUGCAGUUCUAAAUCCAAUAUUUAUGCCUCCAUUCGUAUUAUUUGCUCUCGGAUAUUUAGACCUGAAGGUGGUCAAUUCUGAAUUUCCUCUCUGGGCAUUACUCUCAUUGAUAGGACUUGUUUUCUCAGUAUUCAUCUUUUUCACUUCAAAGGCCAGUCGAAAACCCAAGUAUCAUAUUAUGAUUGUGGGUGUUUCAUUUAUCAUGUCUGUGAUUUGGAUUUAUACCAUUGCCAAUGAAUUGGUGGAUGUGCUCAAUUCAUUUGGAAUCAUGUGGAACAUUAGUGAUUCCAUUCUUUCCAUUGCCCUUUCUGCUGGCAAUAGUUUGAGUGAUAUGGCUGCUGAUGUUGCGGUGGCCAGACAGGGUUUCGUUGAGAUGGCUGUUGCUGCUGCGUAUAGUGCACCUGGGUUGAGUUUACUUUUUGGUCUUGGCAUUUCCAUGACAGCCAAUUAUAUCAUGACAUCAAACCCAUUCCCUAUUGAAUUUUCUCCAACCCUUAUGGUCACUUUUGUUUUCCUCAUUGCCGUUUUGAUCAGUUCCAUUAUUGUCGUGCCAGUCGCAAAAUUUCAUUCUCCCAAAAUCUUUGCUUGGUUUCUUAUUGCCAUGUAUUUGGUCUACUUAUGUAUUGCCAUUUUAGUUGAAAGCAAAUUAUUACUUGCGUGA